AAUCAAAUAUCCAUGGAAGCUGCUUAUGGCGCCACCGUUCUUCUUCAUCCCUUUAAACCCCAAAAUCCAGUGUUUUUAACAAAAGCUAAGCUACCUGUUAAGGCCAAAUACCCAUCUUUAAAAAAAGUCAAUUGCUCCAUCUCCAGCAUUUCAACUAAUAAAGAGCUGAUUCUCGCUGAAGAUUGGCCUCAUCUUCUCAAGCUCUCCAUCGGGUCUGGAAAUUUCUUGUUGGGUCAAGCAAUUCACGCUUUUUUAAUAAAAUCCAACUCUUCAAAUGACGUUUUUCAAGGAAAUAAUCUUAUCAAUUUUUAUACUAAAUCCAACGAACUGGAUGAUGCCCGAAAGGUGUUUGAUGAAAUUCCUGUUAGAAACACAAUCACUUGGACUACUUUAAUUAAAGGGCAUUUAAACAAUGGAGACUCCGAAUCCGUGUUUAGAAUCGCUCAUGAUAUGUAUUUCUCUGGUGAGAAGUUCAACGAACAUACUUGUUCGGUGAUUUUACAAGCGUGUAGCGAGGAAGAAGACCUGAUUCGAGGUGAGCAAAUCCAUGGUUUUGUUAUAAAAAGUGGGAUUGAAGGGAAUGCUUUUGUGGGUACUUCUUUGAUUUCCUUGUAUUCAACGACUGGUUUCUUAAAUGAAGCGGAAAAUGUUUUUAACAACAUUAGCGUCAAGGAUGUUCAGUGUUUGAAUUACAUGAUUUUGGAGUAUGGAAAGGCUGGGUUUAUGGAGAAAGCUUUUCAGGCUUUUGUUGAUGUGUUAAGCUCAGAUUUGGAGCCAACCGAUUAUACGUUUACUAAUAUAAUAAGCACAUUUAAUGAAAAUGUAGGCAUUGAGGAAGGGAGACAGUUGCACGGGCUUGCUGUUAAGUAUGGAGUCGUCAAUGUGACCUCUUUAGGGAAUGCUCUGAUUACUAUGUAUGGGAAGCUUGGAAUGGUUGAAGACAGUGAGAGAAUGUUUCAUUCUUUGAGUGAGAGGAAUUUGAUUUCUUGGACUGCGCUUAUAUCAGGUUAUGUAAGAAAUGGUUGCAGUGAAAGUGCUGCUGAUAUAUUCUUGGAAUUAUUUUACCAUGGAAUUUACUGUGAUCCAAGUUGUUUAGUAACUGUGCUCGAUGGCUGCUCAGAGUGCAGAAACUUGGAUUUGGGAGUUCAGCUCCAUGGAUUUGUGAUUAAGAGUGGUUAUCUGUGUGAUGCCAAUAUUGUGACUGCACUAGUAGAUAUGUAUUCCAAAUCCGAUAACCUAAAGUCUGCAAAAGUAGUUUUCGAUGGUUUCUCUAGUAAAAGUAUUGCUUUGUUUAAUGCUAUUCUUGUUGGAUUCAUAAAAACAAAUAGAGAUGAUGAUGAUGAAGAUGCUAUGGUUUUGUUUCGUCAAUUGAGAUUUGCUGGUAUAAAGCCUGAUUUAGUCACUUUCUCAAGGCUUCUUAGUUUAUCUGCUAAUCAAGCUUGUUUAGUAAAAGGGGAAACUCUUCAUGCUUACACCAUCAAAACGGGGUUUGAAUCCAGUUUAAUGGUGAGUAAUGCUUUGAUCACCAUGUAUGCUAAAUGUGGCAGCAUCGAAGGGGCUUGUCAAAUAUUUGAUGGUAUGCAUUGUCGUGAUUCAGUUUCGUGGAAUGCCAUGGUUUCUGCGUAUUCUAUUCACGGUCAAGGUAAAGCAGCACUUCGGCUCUUCAAAGAGAUUAAAGGAGAAGGUUUUGCAGUUGAUGAGUUUACCAUUUUGGCUAUCCUUCAAGCUUGUUGUUACACGGGGUUAUGGCACAAUGGGAUACACAUAUUCAAUGAAAUGGAAUCAAGUUACAAGAUCAACCCGUUAAUCGAGCAUUAUGCUUGUAUGGUUGAUCUUCUAGGGAGGGCAGGGUGCUUGUCUGAAGCCAUGAAUCUUAUUAGCAACAGCCAUUUUCGGGAUUCGCGUUUGCUAUGGAGGACAUUGGUGAAUGUUUGUAAGUUGCAAGGGGAUAUAGAUUUUGCCAUGUUAGCUUCAAAAAACUUGCUAGACUUGUCGCCUGAAGAAGCUGGUUCCUACAUACUUGUUUCGAACACGUACGCCGGAUCUGGAAUGUUAGAUGAGGCACUGAAAGUCAGGACAGCCAUGAAUGACUUGAAGUUAAGUAAGCAAGCAGGUUGUAGUUGGAUUGAAAUUGAUAAUAAGGUCCAUUGUUUUGUGGCAAGUGACAAGGAUCAUCCAGAAAGUAGUGACAUUUAUGCAAAGUUGGAUCAGUUAAUGGAUGAAAUCAAGUGGAAGAAUUGUGAUAUCAAUGAUCCUCAUUCGAUUGGUGAAAUUGUAUAGGAAUAGGAAGCAAAAAGUCCAAUAACACGUUUGUGCAAUGGUUUCACUGUGUUGUUGGAAAG